GCUGACAGUGAUUAUGUCUGUGAGUUGAAUAGAGUGAGAUGAAAGGCCCAGGUAGGCAGAUUUCUUUGCUUUGUGUGACGCUACAACUGUCAGGCAGCCUAUACCCAGACCAGAGAUUAUCAUUUAGGGUAAAGCCUUCUCCCCUGACUUUGGGAAUACCUGUGUUAUAUGUGAUGUAAAUGUUUGUCAUAUCGCAUCCUGUGCUAAUAACUUCGGGGCAGGGGGCAGUGCUGGUUAUGGGAAGGAGCAAUCAGGCCUUGGGGCAUCCCUGAGACAAAGGCCUCCCUCAUUCACCUGCAACGUUUGCCUGGUAUAGAGGUGAGGAAGACGCUGAGGCUACAAGAUGAGAUAUUUCUGGAGUGGGAGCUAAAGAAGGAAGAAUUGGUCACUGAGAAGAUGAGGGUCUGUAUAGAAUGGUUCAGGCUGGGGAUUCCAGGCUGGGGGAGAGUCUGGGCUCACUGGCUCCUCCCUACAGCUCCAGAAUCUGCAGCUGCUGAACCAAUGGGGCUGGAUAUGAAGGGCUGGGUGCUCCCCAUUACACUGGUCCACUGCACAGCUAUUACUCUGGUGCUGACCCUCCUGGCCACUAACACCACCCUUCCCCCAGGAACCAAGUUCGGUCUCGUGUUUGAUGCUGGCUCCUCGCACACAUCCCUCUUCGUGUACCAGUGGCCUGGGGACAAAGAGAAUGACACAGGCGUGGUCAGCCAGACUAUGGCUUGUGAUGUGCAGGGCGAUGGCAUCUCCAGCUAUGCUCGCAACCCUGAAGCUGCGGGAAUGUCCCUGCGGCCAUGUUUAGAUAAAGCAGUGAAGCUAAUCCCAGCCGCACAACUGGCUCAGACACCCGUGUACUUGGGCGCGACAGCGGGAAUGAGAAUCCUCAGUCUGCAGGACCCAAAAGCUGCUGAUGGGGUCCUGGGUGAGGUGGGCAAGACCAUCCAGGAGUACCCCAUGGACUUCCGAGGGGCUUGGAUCAUCUCUGGUGCUGAGGAGGGAGCCUAUGGUUGGAUCACCAUCAAUUACCUCUUAGAUACAUUCACCAAGUAUUCAGUCAAGAAUGGAGGCUGGAUCCGCCCUCCAGCAACCAAGGUGCUUGGGGCCCUGGACCUGGGAGGAGCUUCAACCCAGAUCAGCUUCCUCCCCAGCGGAUCCAUUGCAGACCCAAGCACUGCCUCCCAUUUCCAUCUGUAUGGCUUCAGCUACACCAUCUAUACACAUAGCUACCUGUGCUAUGGGCAGGCCCAGGCGCAGAAGCAGGUGAUCCUGAAGUUGAGCCAGGAGUCCCAGGCUACCCCUGGCCAGGUCGAGCAUCCCUGUUACCACAAGGGCUUUAAGAAUAAAGUGAUGGCACAGUCUAUCUAUGACAGCCCCUGCACAGCCUACCUGCAGCCACAUGGUUUCAACCUGAACCAAGAGAUGACACUGGUGGGCACGGGCAAUGUCACCAAGUACCAGCAAGCCAUCAGAGCCAUCUUCAAUUUUACUGCCUGUGGCCCCCAUCGUCCCUGCGCCUUCAAUGGCACCUACCAGCCUGACACGAGUGGCCAGUUCUUUGCUUUCUCUGCCUUCUUCUAUACCUUCAACUUCCUCAACAUCACCUCAGGCCAGUCUCUAUUUAAGGUCAUGGAUACCAUUGAGCAGUACUGUGGCUGGAGUUGGACAAAUGUGAGCUCAAGGAUGACUGAAAGUUACCCCAAACACAACUUGUACUGGCUUCGAGAUUACUGUGCUAAUGCCAACUAUAUCCUUGUACUCCUCCUGGAAGGCUACAAGUUCUCUGACAAGAGCUGGACCUCCAUCAGGUUCCAACAGAAAGCUUCAGGGGCAGACAUCGGCUGGACCCUUGGAUACACGCUGAACCUAACCAACAUCAUUCCGGUUGAGGCACCAGAGUGUGUUCGUACCCAGAAGGAGGGACCCUGGGUUGCCUCCAUCAUCUUCCUUGUACUUACUCUGGUUACAGCCCUGGUCCUGCUGCUGGCAUACUUCCUCUGAGGGGAUUCUUCUUGUUUUGGAGGAAGGCCCACCCCCAGGCCCUUGCCCUGUCCCUCUCUUUCUGCCUCUGGCUCAAGGAAGGGUCAUUUUCAGCCCCUGACCCUGGAGGCCAAGGUGGCUGUUGGAUAUGGGCAAGGAAGUGACCCAUGACUGCUCCAUGUUUCUUAUCACCCUACUCCCCAUGUGUCUCAUACCCUCUGUAUCUCACAUGCCCCGAGUCUUUCUCUGUCCUUUUGUGUACCAUAUUCUACCCCACACGUUGUUCUCUAGUCACCUCAUUUUUCCCAUCAUUGUCAAUCUGCUUCAUUCCCAAAGAUCCCCUCCACCAUCCUCCCCUUCUAUUUAUUAGGAGGAGAAAGGUUAGGGGCUCUAAUGUAAUCAUGAGCUGGCUUCCUCUGGGGCAGACAGGGAACUUCAGGCGGUAUAUACAUGUGCAAACACAUGCAUGGACCCAAUGGCAAUGAUUUAAAUACCUCCACCCUUAUGCACACUGAGGGCUCAGCACCCCUGUUUGGAAAUCUUAAUUAAAGUCAGGCUUGUUCCAGUCUGUA